AUGAUCCCGCUAAACCUGCUCAAUCUGUUCUUCAUCACCUCAACACUAGAUGAUGAGUGUGAGGAGCACACUGGGAUGAAAACCUACGACGUCUCCCUUUACAAGCGUGGUGACCUUUUGGAGGUGCCCAGGACUCUUUUUAAACAUUUUGGCAUCUAUUUAGGCGAGGACCGUGUCGUUCAUCUUAUCCCAGACGUUCUACCGGUGUUCACUAGAGAAAGGUCUAUUGUUGGGCAGGCGGUGACCAAUGAUAGACUGAUUUUGGGGGUUUUGGCCAAAGUUGCCAGUGUCCGUGUGGAUUCUGUGGUGGAUUUUGCAUACGGUGCUCCGAUUCAAGUCAACAGAAUGGACAGUACGGUCAGUGUACAGCCGCUGACCGGAGAGGAAGUGGCACAGCGGGCAGAGAAGCUGAUUGGAUCGGUCUCCUACAGCUUACUUUGGCACAAUUGUGAACAUUUUGUCAUGUAUUGUCGCUAUGGUGUUGCGGUCAGCUUCCAAACCUAUCAGUUUUGUAAAGCUGUAAGGAUGAUCCUCUUCAGCAAAAAGAUGGCCUUCCUGUCAGCAGUGAUCGGGGGCUUUGUCGUUUUGUAUCUAGGCACUAUGACACCUCUCAACACCCUCCUCACUGUCCUCAUCCCCUUUACCAUCUGGAUGGCAUCUUGAAGACACUCGGGGUGGAAUUUGUCCUUUAAUGUUGAUCCAGAAAAAGUCACAAAAGCAUCAACUCUACCAACAACUGUUCUUCACCAAACUAUAAAUGUCAGUGGUGUUGAUGGAUUAUUCAUGGCACAUUUCAGUAAAUGUUUAAUGAUGCUAUGUGGCAUCACAUGAAAUAGUUAUAGAAUAUAUGCCCUUCAUUUCAUUAGUGCGCUACA